AUGGUACAACCAGUUGCUAUGGGACAAGUUGCCAAUGUGUCUUGUGUCUAUUGUGGAGAUGGGCACACUUUUGAGAGUUGUCCUUCAAAUCCCGCCUCGGUUUGCUAUGUGGGGAAUCAAAAUGUCAACCGUAACAACCCAUAUUCAAACUCUUACAAUCCGGGGUGGAGGCAACAUCCAAAUUUCUCAUGGGGGGGUCAAGGAGCUAGUUCAAGUGGAGCACCAAUGCAAGGCAAGCCAACAUAUCCGCCGGGGUUUUCUCAACAACCACCAAGAGUGCAACAACCUCCUCCGCCUCAAGUAUCUCAAUCAAGCUCUUUGGAGAGUUUAAUGAAAGAAUAUAUGGCCAAGAAUGAUGCUGUGAUUCAGAGCCAAGCAGCCUCCUUGAGAAACCUUGAGAUUCAAAUGGGGCAAUUGGCUAAUGACUUGAGGAAUAGGCCGCAAGGCACCUUGCCUAGUGACACCAAAAAUGCAAGGAGGGAUGGCAAAGAGCAGUGCAAAGUGGUGACUUUGAGGAAUGGGAAAAAUCUGGAGUUAAAUGGGGAGAAAGAUAAGCGAAAAAAUGAGCCCACUUCAAUCCAAAUUGGUGAAGAGAAGAGUGAAAAGUCAGCAAGUUCAGCUGCUGAAUUUACCCAGAAUGCUACAACAUCCGUUCAGCAAUCUGCAGCAGAAAAGUGUUUGAGCAAGCCACCUCCAUCAUUUCCUCUAAGAUUUCAAAAACAGCAACAAGAUGGCCAAUUCCGCAGGUUCUUAGACGUUUUGAAGCAACUCCAUAUCAAUAUACGACGAGUGGAGGCCUUGGAGCAAAUGCCAAAUUAUGUAAAGUUUUUUAAGGACAUUUUGACUAAGAAAAGGAGACUUGGUGAGUUUGAAAUGGUGGCCUUGAUGGAAGGUUGUAGUGCCAUGUUGAAGAGUAAAAUUCCUCCUAAAUUGAAGGAUCCAGGUAGCUUUACAAUUCCUUGUUCUAUUGGUGGAAGAGAUGUGGGUAGAGCUUUAUGUGAUUUGGGAGCUAGUAUUAACUUAAUGCCUAUGUCUAUUUUCAAGAAGUUGGGAAAUGGAGAAGCAAGGCCAACAACCAUCACUUUGCAAUUGGCGGAUUGUUCUAUGGCUCACCCGGAAGGAAAAAUAUAA